AUGAAGAAGAUUGGCAUGCUUACUAUAUCUUGGGGUUUUUGUUACCAGAUCGAUGAGGUCCUGAGACAGGAAGACAAAGCUGAAGCUAUGUCUGGCCACAUUGAUCAGUUUCUGAUAGCCACGUUCAUGCAACUAAGACUCAUCUACAACACACAUAUGGCAGAUGAGAAAUUGGAGAAAGAUGAGAUCAUCAAGCUGUAUAGCUGUAUCAUUGGCAACAUGAUUUCGCUGUUUCAGAUUGAGAGCCUCGCCCGGGAGGCCUCCACCGGAGUGCUGAAAGACCUGAUGCAUGGCCUCAUCACCUUAAUGCUAGACUCUCGAAUUGAAGAUCUAGAGGAAGGACAGCAGGUGAUCCGCUCUGUGAACCUCUUGGUGGUGAAGGUGCUGGAGAAGUCAGACCAGACCAACAUCCUGAGUGCCCUACUUGUUUUGCUCCAAGACAGCCUGCUAGCAACAGCCAGUUCUCCCAAAUUCUCAGAGCUUGUUAUGAAGUGUCUCUGGAGAAUGGUUCGACUCCUGCCUGAUACCAUCAACAGCAUUAAUCUGGACAGAAUUCUUCUGGACAUACACAUUUUCAUGAAGGUCUUCCCCAAAGAGAAACUGAAGCAAUGCAAAAGUGAAUUUCCCAUAAGGACCCUAAAGACGCUGCUACACACUUUAUGCAAAUUAAAAGGACCCAAGAUCCUAGACCACCUAACAAUGAUUGACAACAAGAACGAGUCUGAGCUGGAGGCCCACCUCUGCCGGAUGAUGAAGCACAGCAUGGACCAGACAGGGAGCAAGUCUGAGAAGGAAACAGAAAAGGGAGCAUCUCGAAUAGAUGAAAAAUCAUCAAAGGCCAAAGUGAAUGAUUUCUUGGCUGAGAUUUUUAAGAAGAUCGGGUCUAAGGAGAACACUAAAGAGGGCCUAGCAGAGUUAUACGAAUAUAAGAAGAAAUACUCAGAUGCUGACAUUGAACCAUUUCUGAAAAAUUCCUCCCAGUUCUUCCAGAGCUAUGUUGAGAGAGGCCUUCGGGUGAUUGAGAUGGAGAGGGAGGGCAAAGGCCGUAUUCCCACAUCCACAGGCAUCUCCCCGCAGAUGGAGGUCACAUGUAUGCCCGCCCCCCCAAGCACGGUGUCCUCCAUAGGGAACACCAACGGAGAAGAGGUGGGACCGUCUGUCUACCUGGAAAGGCUCAAGAUCCUCCGCCAGCGGUGUGGUCUGGACAACACAAAGCAAGACGAGCGGCCCCCGCUGACCUCCCUGCUCUCCAAGCCAGCAGCCCCCCCGGUCGCCUCUUCCACCGACAUGCUGCACAGCAAACUCUCUCAGCUCCGGGAGUCCCGGGAGCAGCACCAGCACUCGGACCUGGAUUCUAACCACACUCACUCUGCCGGAACCGUGACCACGUCCUCGUCCUCCACAGCGAACAUUGACGACUUGAAAAAGAGACUGGAGAGGAUAAAGAGCAGUCGCAAGUGAAGCCGCCCCCGGCCCGCGCCCCGCAGCUCUAGGUCACUAAACUCGGCGUCCCCCUCGCGGCAGGGGCUCGGCGGGCCCGGUGCUCGGACCGGCGGGGCGCGGGCCUCUGUCCGUACUGCUUCUCCGCCGGCGCCCUGCCUCUAGCCGACUGUCCGUGUCGUAGUUUAGUGCACAGACUUGUCAACAGCUGCCCUCCUCUCGGCUCCGACUAGUCUCCACAGCCUUUGUCUUUUAUUUUUAACUGCUCAUUUGUAAAGUCGUCCCGAUCUUUCCUAGCUUUUCACUAUUAGAAACUCUUUAAUAGUUCUCCUUUGAGUUUGUGAGCUCCUCUCCCCGUAGCCCUGAAGGGUCACUGUAUUCUGUAUGAAUGCAUGGCAUGAUACAACUAAUUUAAGAGUCUUUUAUAAAUAAAGUUUGCAUUAACUAGAA